AUGAAGCUACAGUACCACCUGUUGUUAUUCACGUUCCUCCUGUCGGAAGACGUGCUUUGUUAUAAAGGCAUUUACGAAGGUGCAAAGGAUGGCUCCGCGGCGGCGAAGCAGGGGGGCAGCGCAGGAAGCGACUACCUGACCAUCGGUGGAAAAAAGGUGUUGUGGCCAGGGGGGGGGAACGACCAAAAGGGGGAAGGAAACAAGAGUAGCAACCCGCAGGGAGGACUCCUGUCUUCGCUACUCGGCUCAGUCAAGCGAUUGCUCUUUCCUAAUGGUAAAGAAAUGGAAAGCCAUGUCCAAGGGAUCAGUGACAAUGUAAUCGAAAUGAAAGAGGGAGUGAUAAAAAACUCCUCCAACAUUGUGAAGCAUGCAAAUAAAUUAAAAGAAGAAUUGCAAAAGAACACAGCCUACUGGGCCAACGUCGUCAAGACGACCGUCAGUGAGGAGCUCCACCAGAUCGACAAGUUCAGCAAGGACCAGCUAGACAGACUGAGGAACGACCCCGAGAGCAAAUUCUUCUUCACCAAGCUGUUCCAGGCGGGGGGGGAAGCGGCGGGGAAAGCGGCGGAAGCGGCGAGUGCAUCUUCCACAGAUGAGAAGAAGGCGAAAAGUGGAGCGGUAGGUGGUGCUACCCCGAAGGGACGAAGCCCGCACGACGACGCUGAGGUGGAGGAGGAAGAGAAGGCCAAAUCGUUUUGGGACUUGCUGCACAUAGGGGGGGGAAAUGCACCCCCCCCAGCAGACGGGAAGGAACCGACCACCGGCUUCCUGCGCAUGUUCAAAGGGGAUACACCUAAAGUUGGCAAUAGUUCGGAGAAGAAGGAGCCCCUCUCGUGGUUUGGCUCACUCUCGUCUGCAGAUGGCACUUCCAGUGGAAAGGACCCUCCCCAGAAGAGCAGUGCAAACGGGAUGAAGGGGCCAGAGGAGAAGAAAAUGUCAUUCUUUUCCCACUUCACCUCAAAAGGGGAGAAGGAGGAGGGGGGAAACUCUCCAAAGGGAUCGGCCACACAGAAGAACCAUCCAAAUGGUGAAAAGGAGAAGAACCAGGGAUUUACGUUUAACUUCUUCAAAGGGAAGGACAGCAGUCAGGAGCAGCCCCCCUCGGAUAACCAGCAGAGCGACUCACACCCAAGCGAAAAAGGAAGCCUCUUCCAGUGGUUCAAUCCCCCCCCUAAGGAGGUAAACAAUGAUGGGCACCUACCUCAGAAGGAACAAUCGGGGGGAACGACGAAGGACUCGGUUAAAGGGUCCCAAGAUGGCGAAGCGGAGGAGGAGCAGGGUAAAAACCACUCCUUCUCCCUCCUCAACAUGUGGAAGGGAACACAUAAAGAGAAUGCAGAAAAACCCCAAGGUGAAGCGGAAACGGGUGUAGGGAGCAACUCCAGUCAGGUGAUCAAAGGAGACAGUUCGGAGGAAGCUACAAAGGGAGGGAGCUUCUUUUUUAACCCCUUCGGAGGAUUCAAAUCUGAUGGAGAGUCCUCUCACGGGGGAGAAGCAUCCCCGGCAGAAACAACCAACGCAGAGGGAAUGGCUCAGUCAGAAUUGGGCAAGAAGAACAGUCACCUGGUGGAUUUUAUAAAAAACGUUUACCAUGGAAAGAGUGGUGAAACGGGGGAAGGGGCCGAAAAGGUUUUAUCCCUCAUGAAUACAGAGCAUGAGCAUAACGUGAGUACCAAUUGCCACCCAUUGGUCUCCUUCAAGGCGUGUCUCAGCACGUGCUUCACUAUCCCUCCAAUGGUGGAAGGAGGCAGCAACGAUGAGACGAAGGAUGUUAAGAAGAAGAAGAAGAAGAAGAUGAAGAUGAAGAAGAACCUCUCCGUUGGUGAUUACAAAAAAUUAGAAAAAUGCAUUCUUAAAUGUAGGAACAAAAACUUUAGCGAGCGAGCUGCGGGGUGUGCGACGAAAGACGGCUCCAUUGUCGCUGGUGAGAAAGGAGGUUAUGAGGAGAAUCUGAAGGGUCUGCAGAAGAGUAGGUACAAUUUGGGGGGAGAGUUUUCCGCCUUUUCAGACCUGACUUUGAGUGAUAAGUACGCCGACGGGGAUGGGAAGCGAACGAUGGGCAGCCUCAACGGGGAUGGGAAGCAAGGAGUGGGCAGCAUUGAUGGGGAGAUCCUCUCGGCCAACUCCGCCUGGGUGAUGGAUGCAUCGGGAAAACAGCUCGGUGGUUCUCAAGCAGAGUUGCAGAGUGGUUCCCACGUAGAGCUGCAGAGUGGUUCCCACGUAGAGCUGCAAAGUGGCUCCCCCACAGAGCUGCAGAGUGGCUCCCCCACAGAGCUGCAGAGUGGUUCCCACGUUUUCCCCAACCUGCCUGACAGCACACUGGGGACUCACUUGUACAGCCCCAAUUCCAGCAAGAGCAUCACCGGUGGAGAGAAGAAGCAACCCGCGGACAGAAGGAACAACCCGGUUGGGGAGAACUCCUUCAGCUUUUUCAAAACCUUCGCACCUCAGACGGGUCCUACAUCUGAUGGCGUGAACCCACUCGCUGCAGCCAAUCCGUCGGAAGAGCCUCCUAAUGGGAAAAGCUGGGCCGCCGCGGGGGGAGCACCCGGGAAGGGCCCGGAAGGUGCAAACCACGGUACUAGCGGCGGCAGUGCUAGCGGUGGCAGCAGCAGUGGCGAGGCGGACGAGGAGGAGGAGGAAGAAGACUUCAACGACUUCAGCUACGUGUCGAAGGGGUUCUUCCUGCUCCUCCUGCUGGUGACCUUCUCCGUGUACCUCUCCGCCUUCACCAACAUAAUCACGCAGUUUUACGUCUCAUUCAAGGAGAAGGUGUGCCUGUAUGUGAAGGGGCAGUAUCGGUCUCGGUUCGACCAGGCGCACGCAGAGUCCGCGGAGGCCUUCCUGCCCAAGGGCCGCCAGCACUCCUACGGCAACGCCGUCCACGGCUCGUAUGACAAUUUGUACCACGCCUUCCAGGAGAGCGCCUGCGACGUGGCUUGA